AUGAAAACAUUCAUUUAUCCCAUUCACAUUAAAUACAUCCUAUCACAUCACAUCCAUCUAUCUAUCCAUCCAUCAUAUAUCUAUUCAUCUAUCUCAACACUCUUUCUAUCUAUCUAUCUAUCUAUCUAUCUAUGCACUAUCUCCAUCAUAUCUAUAUCACAUCCAUCCAUCUAUCCAUCCAUCUAUCUAUCUAUUCAUUCAUCUAUCCAUUCAUUAUCUAUCAGCUUAUUCACAUCUAUCCAUCUAUCCAUCCAUCUAUCUCAUCUAUCCAUAUAUCUAUCUAUCCACACCUCCAUUCAUCUAUAUCUGUCUCCAUCUAUCCAUCUAUCUAUUCAUCUAUCCAUCUAUCUAUCACAUCCAUCCAUAUUAUCUAUCCAUAUCUAUCCAUCUAUCUAUCCAUCUCAUCUAUCCACUCUUUCAUCUAUCUAUCCCAUCUAUCAUCCAUCUAUCUAUCCAUUCAUCCAUCUAUCCAUCCAUCUAUCUAUCCAUUUAUCUAUCUAUCUAUCUCAUCUAUCUCGUAUAUCCAUCAUCCAUCUAUCUAUCUGCAUUCAUCUAUCAUCUAUCCAUCUAUCCAUCUAUCAUAUCUAUCUAUCUCGCAUUCAUCAUCUAUCUGUUCCAUCUAUGUAUCUAUCUAUCUAUCUUAUUCAUCUCCAUCUAUCUAUCUAUCUAUAUCUAUCUAUCUCAUUUUCUAUCUAUCUAUCUAUCUCGCACUCUCCAUCUAUCUAUAUAUCUCCAUCCAUCUUAUCUAUAUCUAUCUAUCUAUUCAUCUAUCUAUCUAUCUAUCUAUCUAUCUUGUUCACAUAUCUAUCUAUUUAUCUAUCUAUAUAUCUAUCUAUCUAUCUAUCAAAAGAAAGGAAUCCGUAUAUCCAUCCAUCUCAUUUAUCUAUCCAUCUAUCCAUACCAUCCUCCAUCUAUCUAUCUAUCUAUCUAUCUAUCUAUCUAUCUAUCUAUCUAUCUAUCUGCUUGUUCACAUCUAUCUAUCUAUCAUCUAUCUAUCUAUCUAUCUAUCUAUCUAUCUAUCUAUCUAUCUCACUCUUUCCGUAUAUCUAUCUAUCUCACACUCUCCAUCUAUCUAUAUCACUCUCCAUCUAUCUAUCUAUCUAUCUAUCUGCUUGUUCACAUCCAUUCAUUCAUCCAUUCAUCAUAUCUAUAUCUAUCACAUCUAUCUAUCUGUCCACAUUUUCCGUAUAUCUAUCCAUCUUCACACUCUCCAUCCAUCUAUCUAUCUAUCUAUCCAUCUAUCUAUCUAUCUAUCUUUCCUCAUCAUAUAUCUAUCCUAUCUCACACUCCAUCUAUCUAUACCAUCCAUCCAUCUAUCUAUUAAAUCAUCUAUCUAUCUAUCAUCUAUCUAUCUACUCUUUCCGUAUAUCUAUCUAUCUCGCACUCUCCAUCCAUUCAUACCAUCUCCAUCCAUCAUCUAUCUAUUCAUCUAUCUGCUUGUUCACAUCCAUCUAUCUAUCUAUUCAUCUAUUCAUCUAUCCAUCUAUCUAUAUCUAUCUAUCCCACCUUUCCGUAUAUCUAUUAUCUCGCACUCCAUCUAUCAUAUAUCACUCCAUCCAUCCAUCUAUCCAUUCAUCUAUCUAUCCAUCUAUCUAUCUGCUUGUUCACAUCUAUCCAUCUAUCCAUCCAUCCAUCCAUCCAUCUAUCUAUUCAUCUAUCUAUAUAUCUAUCAUAUUUCCAUCCAUCCAUCUAUACCACCUCCAUCUAUCCAUCCAUCAUCCAUUCAUCUAUCUAUCCAUCCAUCUAUAUAUCUUGUUCAUCUAUCAUAAAUUGUUCAUCUAUCUAUAUCUAUUCAUCCAUCCAUUCAUCUAUCUAUCUAUCUAUCUCACCAUCUUUCCGUAUCCAUCUUUCAUAUCAUCCAUCCAUCCAUCCAUCCAUCCAUCUAUACCAUCCAUCUAUCUAUCCAUCCAUCCAUCUAUCCAUCUAUUCAUCAUAUCCAUCUAUCUGCUUGUUCACAUCCAUCCAUCUAUCUAUCUAUCCAUCUAUCUAUCUAUUCUUUCCGUAUAUCCAUCUAUCUCUAUGCAUCUAUCCAUCCAUCUAUACCAUCUCCAUCUAUGUAUCUAUCUAUCCAUCUGCUUGUUCACAUCUAUUCAUCUAUCUAUCCAUCUAUUCAUCUAUCCAUUCAUCCAUUCAUCUAUCUCAUCUUUAUAUAUAUCCAUUCAUCUCGCACCUCCAUCCAUCUAUAUCACCUCCAUCCAUCCAUCUAUAUCUAUCUAUAUCUAUCUAUCCAUCUAUCUAUCUAUCUAUCUAUCUGCUUGUUCACAUCUAUCUAUCUAUCUAUCUAUCUCACUCUUUUCCUUUUCCGUAUAUCUAUCUAUCUCACACUCUCCACAUAUCUAUCUAUCUAUCUACCUAUCUAUAUAUCUGCUUGUUCACAUCUAUCUAUCUAUCUAUCUAUCUAUCUCACUCUUUCCGUAUAUCUAUCUAUCUCACACUCUCCACAUAUCUAUCUAUCUAUCUACCUAUCUAUAUAUCUGCUUGUUCACAUCUAUCUAUCUAUCUAUCUAUCUCACUCUUUCCGUAUAUCUAUCUAUCUCACACUCUCCACAUAUCUAUCUAUCUAUCUACCAUCUAUAUAUCUGCUUGUUCACAUUAUUAUCUAUCUAUCUAUCUAUCUAUUUUAUAUAUCUAUCUAUCUAA